CUUCUCGAUAUGGAGUUGGUGAGUCGACUAUUACUGACAUUUUAAAAAAGCAGCAUCAUUACUUGUUGCUAUCACCCAACAAUUAUACCGCGAGUUUAUGCCGAGAAAAACCAUCCAAAUAUCCAGCUGUCGAACAAGCAUUAGCUCUUUGGAUUGACCAAGUGGUUGACGGAAAUUGUUCUCUAUCUGGGCACAUUGUCAUUCAAAAAGCUGUGACAUUCGCACAGCGCUUAGGGGCGAUGAAUACACAAAUUCAUUCCGCUACUAAUGAUUCACCAUAUCAUGUAUUUGCACAACGUCCAAGAAGUAAUUGGUCAUUACUUUCAGAACUUGAGAGUAUGGGUAUCAUUGACGAAGAGGACAUUCUGGAUAAU